CGCAUUCGAUCCGUGUCUUUUGCCGGAGAGAGAAGCUGAACCGUUCCUCCGUCUAGUGCGGCAUAUCGGUGGCGCAUGGUCCGUGAGUGAGUGUGAAAAUUGUGACACGGUUUGCUUUUGGAAAAGCGAAAAUUGUGGUGUUAAAGUUUGCAUUUUUGAGUGUUUAAAAGCGUGUUCAACUUCCGGCUAAGCAAUGUGGCUCAAGACGCUGAGCGCGACCACCCUGCGAGCUCACCUUCAGAGGCAAAGUUCGCUGCAGAAAUUGUGCCGGACCUUUGCGACCCAGCUGAAGGAACCGGAAGCCCCGGCGCUCAAGACUGAAGUUCCCGGACCCAAAUCGAAGGCACUGCUGCAAAAGCUUAACUCGUUGCAGAAUGGCAAUUCUGUGCAGUUGUUUGCCGAUUACGACCACUCCAUCGGUAACUACAUCCAGGACGUGGAUGGAAACGUGCUGCUGGACAUCUACACCCAGAUUUCGUCCGUCCCGCUGGGAUAUAACCACCCGGAGCUGCUGAAUGUGUUCAAGGAUGAUUACAAUUUGAAGACUCUCGUCAACCGUCCUGCACUCGGUGUCUUCCCGGGCGAAGAUUGGCCGGCCAAGUUGCAGAAUGUGCUGAUGUCGGUGGCGCCAACGGGGCUGGACCACGUGACCACGAUGAUGUGCGGUUCGUGCUCGAACGAGAACGCCUUCAAGAACAUCUUCAUCUGGUACCAGAGCCAGCUGCGGGGCAAGGCACCGUUUUCCGAGAAGGAAAUCGCGUCCAGCAUGGUCAAUCAGGCGCCGGGUGCGCCCAAGCUGAGCAUUCUGAGCUUCCACGGAGCGUUCCACGGCCGCACGCUGGGUUGUCUGUCGACGACGCACUCCAAGUACAUCCACAAGAUUGACAUUCCGUCGUUCGACUGGCCGAUUGCCUCGUUCCCCAAGUAUCGGUACCCGCUGGAGGAGAAUGUCCGCGAGAAUGCCCAGGAAGAUGCGCGUUGUCUGGCCGAGGUCGAGGGAUUGAUUGAGGCGUACGCCAAGAAGGGAGUUCCCGUGGCUGGAAUCAUCGUUGAGCCGAUCCAGAGCGAAGGUGGUGACAACGAGGCGUCGCCGGAAUUCUUCCAGAACCUGCAGAAGAUCGCCAAGCGACACGGAAGUGCCCUGCUGAUCGAUGAAGUCCAAACCGGAGGUGGCCCAACUGGCAAGCUGUGGUGCCACGAGCACUUCAACCUGGACAGCCCACCGGAUGUGGUGACGUUCAGCAAGAAAAUGCAACUCGGCGGUUAUUACCACGCUGCGCACAUGAAGCCAGCUCAGCCGUACCGCGUGUUCAACACCUGGAUGGGAGACCCAGGCAAGCUGCUCCUCCUGGAAUCGAUCCUCAAGGUCAUCAAGCAGGAAUCCCUUCUGAAGAACGUCGAAAAGACCGGUGCCAAACUGAAGGCUGGACUGCUGCAAGCCCAAAACGAGUUCCCAACACUGCUCAACUCUACCCGCGGCCGGGGCACCUUCCUCGCCAUCAACUGUGCCAGCACCAAGCUUCGAGACGACAUCGUGGCAGCUCUCAAGCAAAAGGGUGUUCUCUCCGGAGGCUGUGGCGAGGUUAGCAUCCGCUUCCGGCCGGCCCUGAUCUUCCAGGAGCGCCACGUCGACAUCUUCCUGGACAAGUUCCGCCAGGUGCUGAAGGAGCUCAAAUAAACGGGGGUGGCUCGAAACUCAAUGGCAGCUCUACAAAUAACCAAACGCGCAUUUACGAUUUGAAAAGAAUAUUUCUUCUUUUGGUAUUUGCACCAUACAAAAAGUUUAUUUAGCAGCACAAAUUGAAUUGCGGUUUAAACCAUAUGAAACCAUAUGAGUAUAUAAAGCAUUUUAUUGAUAAUAAUAGGGUUUAGGGUGACGAGUACAAUACUCUACGCAAACAGAAUAACAAAAAAAAAAUCAUUGCCAUUGCAAUAGAAAAGCAGAGAACAUUUGUCUUCCGGAGAAUUGUGAUUCACGAAAAUUGAACGUAACAGUCGAUGUCGAAACGUGUCUAAUGAAUGUUGUCGUCGUCUUGUUGAGAAAAAAUAGAUAAAUGUUGUCCGAAAAAGUA